AUGAGUAGUCCUGUGCGUGACUUCCUACGGUGGGGCCCAGCUUCCACCAAGCCAAGGUUGUGCUGCCCCGUCCUAUCUCACAGGAAGACUGCAUAUCGUGGCCUGGUGUUGAAUCAGUUGCAUAGUCUCCCUUGGACUAUCUUACUUAUACCGAGAAGCAUCGGCUACACCCAACUGCUUGACAAUUACCAGAACUCCGGUGCCCUGAGCAAAGUACUUGUUAUGUUCGGCAUUUUCGAUAUCGCUUGGGGAGGCGUGCUUAUACUGGCCGCGGUGGGCGAAUACAGAGCCCACUCUCCGGAGCAGGCGCAAAAGGGUCUUAAUGAUAGUGAGAAGAACCAGUCUUGUGAUUGUGCUAAGGAGAUGAACGCGGAGAAGAAUAUGAGUGUGGAGGAGAAAGAGGCAGCAUUAGUUUAG